GGGAAUCUACAUACAAAAAGGUUGCUGAAAUCUUGGGGGAGGAGGAGUAGCCAUUAUCAAAGUUCGUAGAAAAAGUACAAAGAGUGUCUACAUUUGAAGUGAUCAUUGGUGGUGUGAGUGCUUCCUUAAACUGGGAAGGAACUCGCCAGGUAGAAAAGAUAGGGCUCAUAAAAGCAAGAGCACACCGCUACUGUGAAAAGGGCCCUGGAGCAGAAGUUGAGGAAUUCUUGGGACUCUUGGACUGAGCUUAUUUUGAAGCGUUCAAUGCCCUCGAGUAUUUUGGAUCUCUACUUUCUGUCAAACAAUCAUGCCCUUCUGAAUGGAAAAAAAGACAGUGAUUCCGGAUCGAUCAUGUAACUGUCCAUAGAGAGAAUGACUCAUACAAACUUUUUUUUUUAAAAUAGAAGAUAUGGUCUUUGUUCAAAGAUUGAAUUCUACUUUUAUCCUAUUUCCCUAAAAAAAAGACAUAUGUUCUUGGUCUUUUAAUACUUUCAAACAGAGAAAAGUCUGAAAACAUUGUUAGACUAGGAAAGAUAUUAUUUCUCCAUAGUUCUAGAGACACCAAAAAGAAGUUUUCAAAAAAUUGUUCUCCGGGUGCUAUUUUCCUAUGAAUACCAUUUACAGUUGUAUCACUUCAUUCCUAGUUUCCAUUCUCAAAGCUCAGAACAAUUGUAGUUUAUUUCAGAUUUAUAUCAGACAUUUGUACUUUUUAAUUACUGUUUUUCAGAUUUGGAGUCCAAUGUCAAGAUCAAAAAUGAGCCAGAGGAAGAAUCUUUCCAAAGAGUGAAGAUUGAAAGACUCAGCAGUGUUGAUGACUGCUCCUCUAUUUGUAAGGAAUGGGGUGAAAGUGAGAGUCAGGUAACAAGUGAGGAACUAAAACAGGAGAGUGAUGUGAGAAAAAUGACCAACCCCCAGAAGAUUCAAACCAGAGACAGAUGUAAUAAAUAUAAGGAAGAUGAGAAAAACUCCCCUCCACAUUCAAACAUUAUGGAACAUCAGAAAGACGUUGCUCAUGAGAAGACUUAUAAAUGUAAUUAUUGUGGGCAAACAUUCAGUCACAAGUCAAGACUUACCCGACAUCAGAGAAUCCAUGUUAGGAAGAAGUGUUAUAAAAGUAAUGACUGUGAGAAAACCUUGAGUCAGCCCUUAACCCAUGCUUCCCAUGAGACAACUAAUCCCAAAGAGAAAUCAUAUAAGUGUGAUAUGUGUGGCAGAUCCUGUCCCAAAAACUCCAUUCUCAUUAGGCACCAGAGAAUUCAUACUGGAGAGAAGCCUUAUAAAUGCAAGGACUGUGGGAAAGCCUUCAGUGAAGUGUCCAAACUUAAUGUACAUUGGAGGAUUCAUACUGGAGAGAAACCUUAUGAAUGCAAUGAUUGUGGAAAAGCCUUCAACAGAACAUCAUCUCUUGUUAGGCAUCAGAAAAUUCAUACUGGAGAGAAGCCUUAUAAAUGUGAUAAGUGUGAAAAAGCCUUUACGGAAAGUUCAAAUCUUAUUCUGCAUCAGAUGGUUCAUACUGGAGAAAAGCCUUUUACAUGUAAUCAAUGUGGGGAAGCCUACACUAAAAACUCAAAUCUCAUGAGGCACCAGAAAAUUCAUACUGGAGAGAAGCCUUAUAAAUGUGAGGAGUGUGGGAAAGCCUUCAGUGAGAUGUCAAAACUUACAACACAUCAGAAAAUUCAUAGUGGAGAGAAACCUUAUGUAUGUAAUAAAUGUGGGAAAGCCUUCACUGGAAAUUCGAACCUUUCCAAACACCAGAAAAUUCAUACUGGAGAGAAGCCUUACAAAUGUGCUGAGUGUGGGAAAGCCUUCACCCAGAGCUCAGUGCUUUACAGGCAUAUGUUGAUUCACACUGGAGAGAAACCCUAUAAAUGUAAUGAGUGUGGGAAAGCCUUCACUCAGUACUCAACCCUUUUCAAACAUGAGAGGAUUCAUACUGGAGAGAAGCCUUAUAAAUGUAAUGAAUGUGGGAAAGCCUACACUCGAAACUCAACCCUUUUCGCUCACCAGAGAAUUCACACCGGAGUGAAGCCUUAUAAAUGUGAGGAGUGUGGGAAAUCCUUCAUUGAGAGCUCAACCCUUCUUGGACAUCAGACGAGUCAUACUGGGGAGAAGCCUUAUACAUGUAAUGAAUGUGGACUAUCUUUCACUAAAAACUCAGUUCUCAUUAGGCACCAGAAAAUUCAUUCUGGAGAGAAACCUUAUAAAUGUGAGGAGUGUGGAAAAGCCUUCAAUGAGAUGUCAAAACUUAAAAUGCACCAAAAGAUCCAUAGUGGAGAGAAACCUCAUAAAUGUAAUAAAUGUGGGAAAGCGUUCACUGAGAACUCACGCCUUCGGAAACAUCUGCGAAUUCACACUGGAGAGAAGCCUUAUAAAUGUAAGGAGUGUGGGAAAGCCUUCAGCCAGAGCUCAAUGCUUAUUAGGCAUAUGAUGACUCACACAGGAGAGAAGCCUUAUCAGUGUGCUGAGUGUGGGAAAUCUUUUACUCAAAAGUCAAGUCUUUUCAUCCACCAGAGAAUUCAUACUGGAGAGAAUCCUUAUAAGUGUAAUGAAUGUGGGAAAGCUUUCCGUAGAACCUCAACACUUAAAAAACACUGGAGAACACAUACUGAAGACAAGCUUUAUAAAAGUAAAGAGAGAGCCAAGAUGACCAACGAGAGGCAACCAGCCAAACGGAAGUCUUCCAACCUUCCCCUCAAAAAAACUUUAAAAUGACACCUCCAGUCAAAUUUUAAAGCAGCAGAGCUGUUGGGCUGAGACAUUUUCCCAACCUAAGACAAUUUAGGAGAUCAGUUCUUUUUUCCAAGGUGAUGUGAUCAGGGAAAGGUGUGGUCACUUUGCUCUUUAUCCAGAAAAGGCUAUUGAUCCCCUGGUAGUGCUUCUCUUAGCCUUAGAACUGUGAUCCUAUAUCCUGCUCUCUUACAGCCACAAGGACAGAUGUUCCUUGGAAGUUCUUAUAGAACUUUCCCCCCACUCCCCAAACUAGUUCUGAAAACAGCAGCAUGAGG